GUCGCGUACGAGUAUCAUCCACGUCUCAAUCCCAGUCACAAUCGCUGUCGCUUUUGCGUGAGUCUGGUACUUUCAGAUUAUUGACUGAACUGAGUCUGACUACCCGAAAGUGUAGAAGAGGAUAACUUCUAAUGCCAUGGAUGAGUACAAGUACAUGUUAAUAGAAAAAGUUAGAGAGAUGCCCCUGCUGUGGAAUCCACUACAUGAUGAUUAUAAAGACAAGGACCAACGACAGCAGGCAUGGGCCAAGCUUGAUCAAGAUAUUCAGCCCCCCAAUCAAGGGGUCACUGCGAAAGAAACUUGUGAGGGCCUGAACCGAGCUUUCAACAGAGCCUUGAGUCGAAGAAAAAAGAAGAAAUCUGGUAGUGGGCAAAGUGACGAUAAGCCUUGGAAGUUCGAAACAUCCAUGAGUUUUCUGAAAGCCGUCAAAGAGAAAAGGAACACUACAUCCUAUUUAGAUGAUGAGAAUUCAAAUUGGAACAGGCCAUAUCUGAGUCGGGAAUUUGCAACACCGGCAAUGGUGACGAGAACAAUUUACCUCCAUCAAUGUCAGUGAAAUCCAUUGUGAAAAAAUCCAAUUUGAAAACUACGUCUUCAAAAAGGAAGGCGAGUGAUGAUACGCAUGAUGCCGCACGAGAUGGAUUAUACAAACUCAUGACACAGCGUAUGGAAGACAAACAUAAAUCUCCUCGACUCAAGUUCUUUGAAUCAAUAAUGCCACAGGUUGAUGAAAUGACAGAUGAUUGUUUUUGAACUUCCAAAUAGAAGUUCUGAACUGUCUCAAACGUUCCCGUCCCCAUGAUACUGACCCAAAACGCUUGAAUGACAGCUGCCCCAUAACCCAAGGAACAUGGUCAACAUCAACGUCCACUACACCAUCACCCACACCAUCAACGUCCGAUCCCAUGUACGCUACAUUUGUGCAUCCUUUAGUAUCAUCCCAGCAAUCUUAUUAUCAAUUCCCAUAACAUUGUUCUGUACCAUUUUUAUUACAAGAAAAGUAUGAGGUAAGUACAUACAAAAUAACCUCGCAACUCCACUGGGGGUCAUUUUGUGUAAAUCUAUUUUUUUUUUUUUUUUUUCAUUUGUUUAAUUACAUUAUUUUUUAUCAUGAUGCCCAACACUACACCAAAAUAUAAUUGUAGUUAUGUUUAUUUGUUGCUACCAUAAAAUUCCUGUUACGUUCAAGUAGAAUUAAUUUUAAAAUCAUAGGAGGAUUAACUUUGUAUUAAUGUAUCUAUGUUAAAAAAAAACAUUGUUUCUGCUUUGCAGCAUCACAAUUUAUGGUUUACUUUUAUGCAAAACUUUUUUGGUUGAUUUUAUAUGUUUGAGCUUGUGUGUGGGCAUGUACCAUAAAAUUCCUGUUACUUUCAAGUAGAGUUAAUUCUAUAAUCCCAUGAGGAUUAAUUUUGUAUUAAUGUAUCUAUAUUAAAAAAAAUACAUUGUCUCUGCUUUGCAUCAUCACAA